GACAGACACUUCACUCACAUCAGCAGCAGCAGCAGAAACAAGCCUAGUGCUCAAACCAAAUCAACUCAAAAGAAGCAAUGGUGGUAUACACGCCAACGCCGGCCGACCUGGAGGCGGCAGUGGGCCUGAAGGAGGAAGAGAAGAAGACGGUGGUGGUAGUGGAGAAGCGCUCGCACACCGCCUGGAUGUGGAAGGUGUCUGCAGGCCUCCUGGUGGCUGCUCUGUGCUUAGGCUUGGUGCUGCUCUUCGCAUGGUACUGGCACGGACGAGCAGAGAGCACGACACCUUCGGCAGGCCCGACGCAGGCGCUGGUGGCCGACGAUGACAACUCAGACCCUCACAACACACUGAAGAGGAUCAGCAGCAAAGCCAAGGCGGCCAUUCAUCUCGAAGGUAUUCACGAGGAAGGAGACAGUGAGAAGGCGCAGCUGCAAUGGCGUAACGGCCAGGGUCAGGCUUUCGCGCAGGGCGGCCUGACCCUACUGAAUAACGAGAUCGUGGUGCCGCAGACCGGCCUCUACUUCGUCUACAGCCAGGCGUCCUUCCGCGUGUCUUGCAGCGACAAUAGCGGCGAGGAGGGCCUGGAGCCCGGGGCGGCGUCUUCAGGGAAGCGCCUGGUGCCCCUCAGCCACCGCGUGUGGCGCUACUCCGACUCGGUGGGCCGCAAGGCCUCGCUGAUGAGCGCCGUGCGCUCGGCGUGCCAGCACAGCAUUUCGGCCGAGGAGGAGCAGCGCACAAAGCAGGGCUGGUACAACGCCUUGUACCUGGGGGCCGUCUUCCAGCUCAACAAGGAUGACCGGCUGUGGACCGAGACCAACCAGCUGUCAGAGCUGGAAACGGACGGCGGCAAAACCUUCUUCGGCGUCUUUGCUCUCUGAUGGCGCUGUGAGACUAGCCGGUUUAAAGCCGUGUUUGAAAUCACUCCCUAGCCACGUUACCGUACACUUCGAUAUCGUGAAUUUGCCGUAUUUUCGUCUAUAGUGCCCUCAACGUAUCCCACAAUGCAUCUUGGAAAGUAGCGAGCAACUGAUGGUCACUGUGAAAUAUUCCCCCAUGAUGCAUUGGGCCCUUACAGAAAAGUGAUUUUCUGUUCGGGUGAACUUCACAGUCCACUAUUUAAAAUUCUUUAAAUAGUGUUUAGGGAGCAUUCGAUUAAUCGUUUCCGCCCUAGAAUUAACUACAUAAUCGGCUAUAUAAAAAUCCUCAGGUAGUGUUCGGGAGUGUUCAAUUGAUCAUCUCUUCCCCAACGUCAACUUCAUAGUCCAUUAUAUGAAAGUCUCUAAAAUAGUGAUUUGGGAGUAUUCGAUUAAUCGGCUCAUCCCUCGAGUUAACUACGUAGUCCAUUAUGUCAGGGAGUAUUCAAAUAAUUUUUUCAGCCCGAGAGCCACCAACACAGUCUGCUAUAUAACCAUGCCUAGGUAGUGAUUAGGGACCAUUCCAUUCAUUGUUUCCUCCCUAGAGUCCACUACAUAAAAAUCGCUAAAUAGCGAUUAGGGAGUAGUCGAUUAAUCGUCUCAGGCCUGAAGUCGAGUGCAGAGUCCACCACAUUUUAUAAAUGACGGCGAUGAUGAUUAGGGAGUAUUUGAUUCAUGGUUUCGGCCCUCGAGUCCGCUACAUAGAAAUCUCUACAUUGAGUCACUGCGAUCAGAAUCGCUCAGUCAUUCCCUGUUCAUACUCACUUUGUAAGGAUUUUUCGAGGAACUAUCUAGGGUCCACUAUCUAAAAAUCCCGAAUACUAAUUAGGAAGCAAGGAAUGAGUGAAUGAUAUCAAACAUAGUCUCCGACUUUAUUCAUCGUACAACGGUGAUUGAGAACUGCUUCUAUCUCAAUGGAGAUGACCUCGAGCACACACUCUUAUAUGAACUGUAACAGUUUUGUUUUUUAAACUUCAUUUCCUCUAUUUAUUUCUAUUUAUUGUCUAUUUAAGCCGCCUGGGAGCAUGGUGUUAUUUAUGCAAAGUCACGUUUGCAAUGUGAACCUGUACGUCUUGUCUGGUACGAAUAAAAAAAAUGCACUCAAAUCA